GGCCCGAGGCCGGGGGGCUGCGGCUCCCCGCGCGCCUCGGGAUCCCGAGGGGCCGCGGGGUCCCGGCGGGGCCAUGGCCUCGGGGCCAGUCCCCACGCUGCCCGACGGGGCCGCCUUCCCACCCGGCCACUUCAAGGACCCCAAGCGGCUCUACUGCAAGAACGGCGGCUUCUUCCUGCGCAUUCACCCCGACGGCCGUGUGGACGGGGUGCGCGAGAAGAGCGAUCCCCACGUCAAGCUGCAGCUGCAGGCUGAGGAGAGAGGGGUCGUGUCCAUCAAGGGUGUGAGCGCCAACCGUUACCUGGCCAUGAAGGACGAUGGACGGCUGCUGGCUCUGAAAGGUGUGACAGACGAGUGCUUCUUCCUGGAGCGGCUGGAGUCCAACAACUACAACACCUACCGCUCGCGCAAGUACUCAGGCUGGUAUGUGGCUCUCAAGCGCACAGGGCAGUACAAGCUGGGCCCCAAGACAGGCCCAGGCCAGAAGGCUAUCCUCUUCCUCCCCAUGGCGGCCAGGAGCUGA